AUGGCUCGUACCAAGCAAACCGCUCGUAAGUCCACUGGAGGAAAAGCUCCGAGGAAGCAACUUGCCACUAAGGCUGCUCGUAAGUCUGCGCCAACCACUGGUGGAGUCAAGAAGCCACAUCGUUACCGUCCUGGAACCGUCGCUCUCCGUGAAAUCCGUAAGUACCAGAAGAGUACUGAGCUGCUGAUCAGGAAGCUCCCAUUCCAGAGGCUAGUCCGUGAGAUUGCUCAAGACUUCAAGACUGAUCUUCGUUUCCAGAGCCACGCUGUCUUAGCUCUCCAAGAAGCUGCAGAGGCAUACCUCGUUGGUCUCUUCGAAGACACCAACCUCUGCGCCAUCCACGCCAAGCGUGUCACCAUCAUGCCUAAAGACAUCCAACUCGCUCGCCGUAUCAGAGGUGAACGCGCUUGA